AUGGACGCUAACGCAGUUGGAGACCUGUACGCCAAACGUGAUGAGAACGAAAUGUUCUGGGUUGCUCGUCAGCCCCACCUGAAGAAUCUCGGCUACGAUCUCCGUCCGCGGUAUCAGCCGGACUGGCAACCGUCUUGGAAGGGCCACCCAGAAGGUUGUUUAGAUGCUGAAGAUGGCGUCCCUCUCACAUGCAGAUUCAAUGUGAUCGACGCCGUCCGACUGAGCGACCGGUCACCCGUGUUCAUCAAGGUGGUGCGAAAGAACUCCGAGGAGGUGCGCAUAGCAACGUACCUUCGCUCAGGGGAGCUGCACAAGGAUCCUCGCAACUGCUGUGUGCCCAUCUUGGACGUGCUUCAUCUUCCGGGUGAUGAAGACUCCUCGUUCAUCGUCAUGCCUUUCCUCCGGUAUAUCGACUCACCCGCCUUCGAACUCGUGGGUGACGUCCUCCAGUGCGUCGGGAAACUCCUCGAGGGGCUGAUGUUUCUGCACGAACACAACGUAGCGCACCGCGACUGCGCGUCCAAGAACGUCAUGAUGGAUGCGAGCGCCAUGUACCCAGAAGGUCAUCAUCCUAUCCUGAACGAAGACCUGCCCGAUUGCUCCAGUAUCGCCCCCGUGCUGCCUCGCGCGGGCGCAGGUGUGAAGUACUACUUCACCGAUUUCGGGAUAUCCACCCAGUUCGCCGCCGCCGACGAAACCAAGCUGGUCCUCGGCAGCAAAGGCCUCGACAAGUCGCCCCCGGAGCUCUCCGACACCGUCCCGUACAACGCGUUCAGGUUGGACGUCUACAUCCUCGGCAACCUCUUCCGCGAGAAAUUCACCCAGAAAUACCGAAACCUGGGCAUGGUAGAGCCACUCAUCAAGAAAAUGACGGCGCAUGACCCCGCACAACGUCCCACUGCCAAAGAGGCCCUUCGCGAGUGGCAGGUGGUGCAAGAGAAAACCAAUAUGCUUACUUCCGGCUGGCGCUUGCAGCCGGUGGACGAAGGCACCAUCGUUGGAGCAGUUCGUGAUACUCUCCAUCCUGUGAGUGCCGAUCGUUGCUUUCACAACAAUUAUAGCUGA